AUGAGCAAGACUUUACUAAUCUGACUGCUGAUAUUCUGCUCAGUGCUAGCAGCUGACAAGAAGAAACCUUCUUGUGCAGCAGCUGCUAUCCAGGCUUUAAGCGGGGAGAAGCUAACUACAAUCCUUACAAGUACAGGAAAAACCAUUAAUGAUCUUGGAGACUAUGAUUUGUGUGAAGCAACUCCAGGGCUAAAACACGGGACAUUUGCUUUUGCUGUAAAACCAAUAGGAUUCAUCUAUCUUGGAGUUUGUCUUCCCGAUAUUUGCACAGCUGAAGAGGUAGCUCCUUUAGGGCAAUCAUUACUUGGGAUGAGCAAUGGAACAUUACUAAAUUCAAAGUUUGUGUUUCAUAGAGACGAAACUAUUUCUGUCACUCCCUUAAGAAUCAUAGGUUUUAUUGUAUUCGGACUUCUCGCCAUCAUCUACAUUAUGGGGGUAAUCACUGAAUAUACAUCCCUGUUUAACAGAGGACCAAGUUCAGAGGCAGGUGCUGAUGUUGCUAAGAACAAGACAGUUCUCGGGAAAGCAUUUCUUUCAUUUUCUCCAACUAGAAAUCUUUGGAAGCUAUUCUAUUCCCCAUUUAACUCUGAUGACCCUCUUAAGGUAUUGAAUGGAGUCAGGGUUCUGAGUAUGCUUUAUGUUAUAUUAGGGCAUGCUUAUUAUAACGUCUUAUUGAUCCCCGCAUCAAACCCAACCUACAUCCCUGAGAUCACUCAGCCAUUGUGGUGGCAGCCUAUUCCAGGAGGAUUCUUCGCUGUAGAUGUUUUCUUCUAUCUCUCCGCAUUUUUAGGAUCUUACAUGAUGCUUAGUAAAUUUGAAAGAUCAAAAUGACUAAACUUUGGUAUGAUUUACUUCCACAGAUUUUACAGACUAGCUCCUAAUGUCUUCCUUCUAAUCUUCUUCGCAAUGACGUUUUAUGCAUAUCUGGGAAGUGGACCUGUCUGGUUCGAACAGAGAGAAAAGUGGAUCAAAGACUGCCCUACAACCUUCUGGGCUUACAUCACCUUCGUCAACUCAAUUUAUCCAGGAGAUGCUAAUGGAUGCGUGGGGUGGCUUUGGUACCUAUCCCAUGACAUGCUGUUCUUCCUCUUCUUGCCAUUCCAAGUGUUACUCUACUACAGAGCUAGAAAAGUUAGCUAUAUUAUUGCAUACACUCUACUUGCAGGAAAUCUGAUUCUGGUUGCAUGGCUAACUAUCCAUUUUGAUGUUGGAACAUCUAUCCUUACAAAUCCUGUUGAAGGUAGGAAACUUUACUUCAAGCCCUGGGCAAGAUUUGGCUCAUACCAGGUUGGAAUGAUAUUUGGUUACAUGUACUAUGAAUACGUCAAAGGAAACACUCCUGAAGGCAAAAAGAGUACAAUUGGAUAUAAAUUCUUCAAAAGUGUUCAGAUCUCAAAAGGACUCAGAUGGUUCUUCUAUGUACUCGGGAUCGGAAUCAUGCUAGUCAUGGUCUUUAUCGUAACACCUGAUAACAGAAGGUUCCUAAGAGGAAGAUAUUGGGGAAACACAUUUGCAGCUAUCUAUUCAUCCUUAUGUAGACCACUUUAUGUAACAGGACUUGCACUUGUUCUUAUGGGCCCAAUCGUUGGCAAAAACGAGUUCCUACAGAUCUUCUUAGGAUCCAGAUUUUGGGCACCAUGGGCAAAAGUUGCUUUCUACUCGUACAUGGUUCACUUAUUCGUUUUCACAUGGUAUUUCGGACAAAUGAGGCAGUCAUUCUUCUUGAACCACAAGGGAAUUCUGUGGUCAUACUUCGGUGUAAUCUUUAUUUCGAUCUUUGUUGCGACUUUCUUCUCUGUCCUGUUUGAAGCUCCAUGGAUGCAGCUAGAGAAAUUAGUCCUGUUCCCUCCAAGAAAGAAGAAAAAGGUUGAGAAGUUAGAAGAAGAGCCAAGCCUAGAAAUCAUGAAGUACAACACUGGCCUCCAAGACAAGCUUGACGAUACCGAAGUCAGUGAUACUUAUGAUACCUAUGUGGAUGAGCAAUCAAAUUUGAAGAAAAGAGCAAAGGACUCCUUCUAA